CUCACCGAGCUGCGGACUCUGGUGUCGGAGCUGGGACAGAGAACAGAGAGAGCAGCGCUGGAGUCUGUCAGAGAAGCAGGGAGAAUGUCAGGGAGCCACCAGCCACAGGACCUGGUGCCCAUUAAAGAACUGGAGCUCACUUUGGAUUCCUGCACUCUGGAGCUCACUGCAGUGGAUGAAGUGUGGCCCAACCUGUACAUAGGAAAUGUGGCGGUGGCACAGAACAGAAAGACGUUACAUAAGCUGGGCAUCACUCAUGUCCUGAACGCCGCACACUACAAGCAGGGCAGCAUCGGCGACCAGAGUUUUUACGGGAACGCCUGUGUUUACUUUGGUAUCCCGGCUGAGGAUUCAGAGCAGUUUGACCUCAGUCAGCACUUCAGACCUGCGGCUGACUUCAUUCAUAAAGCCCUGAAGAGCAAAGAUGGGAAAGUGCUGGUGCACUGCAUCAUGGGAGUGAGUCGAUCGGCCUCUUUGGUCCUGGUGUACUUGAUGUUGCGGCAGCGUCUCCCUCUGAGAGAUGCUCUGAGGCAAGUCGUCCAAAAAAGAGCCAUUUACCCCAAUCGCAACUUCCUGUCCCUGCUCCUCAAGCUGGACGAUCAGCUGACGUUCAAACGAAGGUUGUGUCCUCUUCUCUGACGUCCGUCUUUCUCGUAGCAUGAGUCGCCUCAGGGCUCCAUUCCACCCCAUGUUAAUUGGUGCUGGCAGUGUUUGUAAACAACGAUUUGUUACCACAGUGAGAAUUAUGUUGACAGUGGUGUGUGGUGAUAUUGAAAUUCCAUAUUUUUAUUUUCCCUGCUCUUUUCUCCAAGUUUUACUUCUAGCUACAGCAGCAAUGAUGAUUAUGUGUUUUUACAUGUUGUAAAUACUGAGGUACAGAUUUGUUGUUCAUUUUCAAACUGUGUUCAAAUGUUUUCUCUCAGCGUUUUCUGUCCAUACAGACACCAACAUGUCCACAAGCUUUGUAAAUACAUCUUUACGAUUGUUGUCAAUCUCCAUUAAAGACAUUUUCCGAUA